UCACUUCAGUUGGAUGAGAGGCAGUGAGAGGGGAGGACGCUGCGGCGGGUUAUGCGCUGAAACCUGUGUGUCUGUACGGGCGAGAGGGAGGAACGGAAAAAUAACCAUACCAGUCUGAGCUCGAGGCACGGCGGAGGGCGGGGCGAGACAGAAGGCUGCUGAGGGUGAGUUAGCUGACGGGCAGGUGUGUGCAGGUGUAGAAAAAGAGGAACAAGAGGAAAAAGGAGACAGAGAAUUAGAUCGCACCACCAACUCAUGCGACGCCCUAGCCACCAUGGACGACAACAGCAAGAGGCAAGGAACCAGAGUGUUCAAGAAGAGUUCCCCAAAUGGCAAAAUCACAGUUUAUCUGGGCAAGAGAGAUUUUGUUGACCACAUCACGCACGUUGAUCCCAUAGAUGGCGUUGUCCUGAUUGAUCCAGAGUACCUCAAGGACCGCAAAGUGUUCGGCCAUGUGCUUGCUGCCUUCAGAUAUGGCAGGGAGGACCUGGACGUGCUGGGCCUCACCUUCCGGAAAGACCUAUACCUGGCCUCUGAACAGAUUUACCCUCUGGACACUGCCAACAAGCGGGCACUCACAAGGUUACAGGAGCGGCUUAUCAAAAAGCUAGGACCCAAUGCCUUCCCAUUCUUCUUUGAGCUACCACCACACUGCCCAGCAUCUGUCACACUGCAGCCAGCCCCCGGGGACAUGGGCAAGCCAUGUGGGGUGGACUACGAGCUCAAGGCUUAUGUUGGAGACAAUGUGGAGGACAAGCCUCACAAACGGAAUUCAGUGCGACUAGCCAUCAGAAAAGUGAUGUACGCCCCCAUGAAGCAAGGAGACCAGCCUAGCGUGGAAGUCAGCAAGGAGUUCAUGAUGUCCCCCAACAAGCUGCAUCUUGAGGCCUCCUUAGACAAAGAGCUUUACUACCACGGAGAGACUGUCGCCGUCAACGUCCACAUACAGAACAACUCCAAUAAAAGUGUUAAGAAAAUAAAAGUGUCAAUCCGGCAGUUCGCAGACAUCUGCCUCUUCUCGACAGCCCAGUACAAGUGCACCGUGGCUGAGGUGGAGAGCGAGGAAGGGUGCCCUGUGGGGCCUGGCUUCUCCGUCAGUAAAGUUUUCUCGCUGACACCCCUGCUCACCAACAACCGGGACAAGUGGGGGCUGGCCCUUGAUGGCAAGCUCAAGGACGAGGACACCAACCUUGCGUCCUCCACUGUAAUCACAGACUCCUCCCAGAAGGAGAACUUGGGCAUUAUAGUGCAGUACAAGGUAAAAGUCAAGCUCAUCCUAGGACCACUUGUUGGAGACUUAGUUGCUGAACUUCCAUUCACCUUGAUGCAUCCUAAGCCUGAGGAGGAACCUGAGAAUAACAAGACUACGGCCCCAACCACCUCCUCUCCAACACAGGACUCUGAAUCCACCCCUCCUGUUGACACCAAUCUCAUCGAACUGGACACGGAUGGGACCACUUGCUAUGCUGAUCAGGAUGAUGACAUCAUCUUUGAAGACUUUGCUCGCCUGCGGUUGAAGGGAGAGACAGAAGCAUAGGACCAACCCAGCAGGUGAGUUGUGUCCACAGCAAAACCAGUAUUUACUCAGGCUCAGUGCCGAGAAACCAAAUGAAUGUGCACUUGAGGGAAGGUGGCAGGGCAUGUGAUGCAGCCUAGCAGGUGACAUGGCCCAGCCUGGAGCAGGGAAGCAGCGGUACUCAUCACACAGCUGACAUGCGUCCCUAGUGCCACAGAGGAGGGGCCAGCGUGCCUGUGUGUUGCCUCCAUAGCUCUCUAAGAAGUGGAAUUGCCUACUUGUGCUUCAUGUUUUAGCUUCAGCCGUAUACCAUGAAUCCUGUGCUUUUAUUUUAUUUUACUUUUUUAUUGUUUAUUUCUUUAUGUUUUUCUAAUUUGUACACAUGUUGUAUAUGAAGUAUAUCCUGAUCAAUAGGGUUAUACUUAAUAGUGUAUGUCCUAGAUUUUAGUGGCUUGAUCAACAGAGCACAAUCAAAGUGUGUGUGUGAGUGUCACUUGGAGGGACUGAUUGGCUCUGUGGCCGUAAAAGUGUAAUCAUUUGUAAUGACUCCUGUAGGACAUCACAUCAUUGGCUAUUGCACCCUGGUUAGAAACAGAUGAAACAGUGGGGUGGGAAGGUACAUUUUUAUUUCUAACUAAAAUGGAUUCUUUUCUUGAAUCCAUAUAUUUCCUGGUUCCCUGAGCAGUAUUACCUGCCACAGUGAUUUAUACAUUGCUAUUUGUAGCACCAUUAUGAUUUGUGACUUUCAUGUGGAGGAGUCUUUAAAUUCCCGUAUACCUGCGUGUGACACAGAGUGGGAGCAAGAUGAUCUGUGUGUGCAGCCAGCACAGGUCAACACCAUCUUGAAGAGGCUAAGCUACCUCAGCACACGUGGAGUCAACGUUUCUUUCUGGUGAAUGUGUCAUGACCAAAUAACCUGGCAUAAUGUUGGCCUGCUUGUGUGAAAGCAUCCCUCGCUCUCUAGACAUUUGUGCACAGUUGAUUCAGAAUUUGGUCAUGGUAGAAUGUUUGUGCAAGUGCUUGACUUUACUUUGAAUACAAAUCUAGCAGAACAUAGCAUAAAUCCAGCAAGCGAGCAAGUUUUUAUAUAGGAUUUUGAAUACAACAAAUCUAGCAAAACAUAGCAUAAAUCCAGCAAGCGAGGAAGUUUUUAUAUAGGCUGUCCUAAAAUAGACAUCAGUAUUGGGUAUAAUCAUACUGUAAGUUAAUUUUUGUACCUGUAGCCAGUGAAGGAAUUGCCAUGCAAAAUGUAAUUUGCACAUAUAUACACAUAUAAUGUAUAGUGUAGAAGUUGACAUUCUGAUUUGUUUUGUAAUUGACAUCACUUGAUGCUAGUUUGUUAAAUUUUUUUGGUGCACUUAGUUGAGGAAAUGACAAAACUUAAAUUGGAAUGAUUUAGUUCUAAUAUAUAUAUCUAUUUUUCAAUGCAUAUCCAUCACUGUCUACAGGUCUUUCCUUCAGAUAAAUAUGCCUUCAGCUCAUUAGAAGAAAACUGUUGUUUAUAUUGUGUUAGCUGGACAGCAUGUGAUCUUUGAAUAAGAAUGGGACAGUUUUCCUGCAUUGCAAAUUAUGUUAAGAUUAUGGACAUAUAGCCAAAAUUUUAUGAAGCCAUUUAAAGCAACUGUAGGCAGAUUUGUUGUCCCAGGAAAGACCAGCCAUGUAGGGUGACUGUCAGCACUGACCUGGGAUGGAAAGAGUCACCUGUACUUCUGUAUUGGCUCAAAAGAAGACAGACUGCCCAGGUGUAACUUUCCCUUUCACCUCCGUCACUUAUAAAGAGGUACUAGUGGGAGGCUGUGCAUAUUAUCUUAGAAAUGUUGGUGAAUAGAGGUUUCAGCAGUUUUUACUUUAUAUUUUUGUUACUUGUUGAAGUGUUUGUCAAAUUGUUCUUACUUAUGCUGGCUGAAAUUUUAAAUCAUGAAAAAAAUUUUUGAUGUACUUAUACUGUACUUCAGACUAUAAGGUUUUGUAUGUUUUAAUGGUAAAUCUAUGUAAGUUUGAUAAUACAGGAGCUGGGUAUUCAAGUUCCUUCUGUAAUGAGUAAUUAUAGUUUUAUACAAGAUAUAGAAAAAUACUGGGGAAGUUAAUUCAGGACAAAAAAAAUACAUGGCACUGAACCAGCAUGACAGGUUCAAAUUAUAACAUUAUAUAUUAUUUUUAUGAAGUGUUUUGUGUCACUAACUUGUGUCGUCAUAAUAAACAGGGUCUCUUUUCAUGGGCAUCACAUUGCCUGGGCAUACCAGGUGUUCCACCCUCAGCGGCAGUGCUGACCAAACAAAGGCAAUUAUUUGCAGUACACAAAUGGCUAAACAUGCACUAGUAUUCUAAAGUUGUUCAUUGCCUCAUCAUAUUGUGGAAGUCUAAGGAAGCUUAUCAUUAGAUAUGUGACUGUAUGAUGUGUCUUAUCAAUAUUGAAAUCCUUGGAAGUAACACAGCUUGAUGCCUUAAUUUUUCAAUAAUACAAGUGGAAUUGCUGACAAUCUUCAUAUUUUACAUUUAAGGAAUACUGGGAUAUUUCUGAGUAUUAGUUUCAGCAUUACUUGUAAAGGCUAUGAACAUUUUAUGGAAAGAAAGGAGUUCAUGUUUGGUGUAUUUGUGUCAUUGUCUACCACAGUUCUUUUUAGAUAUUUGAGCAUGACAGCACCACAGGUCUUGCCUUCCUGCCAGCUGUUUUUAUGUUUUGUACAGAGGAAAGCACAAAGUUAGGCACAAGAUAGUUUACUGGACAACAUACAUACUUCACUAGCUAUACAAGACAGUAAUUCAGAAUGCAUUAUUUUUGUACUUGACAAUUCCAGUAAAGUCUUAAGUGUACUUUAAGUCUGACAACCAGCCUCUGUUCUGUGUAGCAAGGAUUAACAUCUGAGUUGUUAUGUUGGGAGUGAGUUGUGUGUCCCCGGGGCAGUGUUGCUCCAGGCCUCUGUGAUGCACCUAGUGGCUCACUGGCACUGUGUGCGGUCUCGGCCUACCCACACACUUCCCUAUACAUACACCAGCUUGCAGGUACUGUUCACAUAAGGACUCACUCCCACAUUGUAUGUUUCGUUUUAGUGUUUUCACUGGAUUCCACCAAUUUUAUUUAUCAUUUUAUGCAGCAAAUUCAACUAUUAUACAUAUACAUAUUCACUUUGAGGGACAAUGGGGGUCUUGAUGUAGAGUGAAAGAUAAUUAUAGGAAAAACAAAAUUUAUCAGUGUGCUUUUUGUUAUGCUUGUCUUGUGCUUCAGAGUGAAUGAUACUGACUGUGAGGAUUUAUAUCACCAAAAAGUCAUUGCAUGUGCUAGCGAGUGUACUCGGGUUCUCUGGCCGAGACUCACCAGCUUUAGGUUUCCUGCACUGAAAAGAGACUCAAGCAGGCAAGAUAUUUUGUAUGUAGAUAUAGUGUUGUACGCCAGAAUGUUAGCACAGUCCAGCCAUGCUGACUUUUCUAGGUAUAUUUGUAAAUGGAAAUUAUAAUGAUUUCAUGUAGGUAGGAUAUUGUCAAAAUUGUAAUGAGGUGCACAAUUACUUAUUUAAAUCCUUGUUAAACAGUGGUGGCAGAGACUUGUAGUCCAGAAUCAGCAUAAUAGUUACUGGUGUUAGCAGUUGCCAUGCAUCAAUAAACAAGGUGUGGCAGAAUUGCUCAUACCCAGGGCAUAGAUACUGGUAGCCUGGUGCAGCAGUCCUUACAGAGUGUGUAGGAAGGACCACAACAUAAGCUGUGCCUCAAAAGACAGGGUCUGCAGUGCUUGUCGAGCCACAGAGUGAUGGAGGAAAUUCCUCAUCAAGUGUGGGUGCAGUAUUUACUCUUGAAUUAUUCCAUCCAUGAAGCUCACAGCAAGUUUCUUUAAGUGGUGGCAUGGGUAUUAUUUUGGUAAACUGCAUCCUUGGUGGCUCAGACCCUUUGUGAUCUGUGAAUUAUGGGAAGCUAUAUGUGGCAUUAAGUUUAAUUUUGAAAUAUCCUUAGCUGUUUGCCGUUAGGAGACUGUUAUACAACAGUUAGGAGAUUGUUACCUUGCUGUUAGGAGACUCUGUGGCAAUUGGGAGAGCGUUUGUGGCUUGUUGAGGAGAGAUUCCUCUACUCGUGAAAAAAUAAUGUAGUACGUGAUAUUACUGAGAAGCAAUUAUCAUAUUUAUUCAAAACACAUUGCAAUAUUACAAUCUAUGUACCAGAAAAAGAAGUCUCAUUUUUAAAUUGGUGGGAUGUGAUUUACUGAACACAUACUAUGGCAUGACCUUGGAAGCCAUAUAUUCUGGAGGACCAGAGAGAGGCAUGGAAAACAGCAUUCUUUGUUUCUUGGUCACCACCACAGCACCUGACAUCCCCUGCCUACCAAACCACACAGAAACAGUGGUGUCAAUCUCUGGCCAUGUUCAUGUUUUGUGAUUCUCUUUCUGGAGAUUGUGAGCUAAAAGUAAUCCUUCAAAAAUAUAAAUUACAUGCAUAUUGUUCUUUUUAUGUUAGAGAGGAAAAACUAGAGUAGAUCCCUUGAUUUCUUGAUUUGAAUUAACUUAGCAGUUAAUGCAAAAAAUUAAAACAAGCCAACACAAAUGAUGUAGUUUGAAACAUUUGCACUUGAGAGUGGCUGUGAGUGAGCUAAUGAGAUGUGAGUCCCAUGGUGCAAGUGCUCGCAGCACUGGCAUGUAGAUCACCAGACACCAACAUACAGAACUGUUACAUGCAGUAGUCAGCAAGGAGAGGAACUGUCAAAGAGAAAUUUCAACACUUUAAGAGGCUGGGAUGCAUUCACAAAACACAGAGCAGAGCAGCACUAGUAUUUGUGUAUGUAGUAAGUAUAUGUUUAUAAACUCAUUACAAUUAUUAUUAUUAUUAUUAUUAUUAUUAUUAUUAUUAUUAUUAUUAUUAUCAUUAUUAUAACCAUCAUCAUCACAUCAAGAUUGCCAUUAUCAUCAUCAUCACCUAUGAAUCUGUGAAGAAAGCCUAACAGCAUAAGAAGAUUUGCUAUCAUCAAAUAGGAGCCCAAGAGCUCAUAGGAUUGAGUUUGGGUAGGUAGGCUUCAGAAGGGUGGGUGGGGAGGAUGUCCAUCAGCAAGCAAAGUAUGUGCGUGUGUGUGUUAAUAAUUCAAGGAAGGACUGGAAGGAUACAAUUUGUUACUCCACUAAGUAUUCUCUCUCUCUCUCUCUCUCUCUCUCUCUCUCUCUCUCUCUCUCUCUCUCUCUCUCUCUCUCUCUCUCUCUCUCUCUCUCUCUCUCUCUCUCUCUCUCUCUCUCCAAGUGCUCUGCAGGUCAUAAGAAUUUUCCUGAGCCUUGCCUUUGAACUUAAUGAAGGUCAUUGAUAAUAAGAAAAAUACAUGAGGGGAAUGUUAUACGAGGCAUGAAAAAGUUACUUCUGUAAUUUUCUUGGGGUACAUUUUGCUUUUUCCUCUGCCAUGCUGUAUUUCAGAGCAUUGCUGCUUAAUACAGUUCUCUUAGGCUAUCAGAAAUUUAUUGUAUGUACAGUUUCACAAAAAAUUGGUCACAAAGUUUGUCUAAAAGUUAUUUUAUUUCUUAUGCAUAAGACAUUAUUUUAUGUAUUUUCCUAUAUAUUUGUGUAUAAUAAUGAAUAAAUGUAAGUGUACUA